CAAAACUCGGGGCUCAUUGAGAAACGUGCAUGGGGAUGCUGCAGCUGUGCCGCUUGCUUCAUCACCUAGAUUUUGAAAAGGCCCCUCCUUUCCUAUAUCAGCCGAUCGAGGGUGUGGAGAGACUGGAGAGGUAUCAGCCUGGGGGAUAUUAUCCAACACUCAUUGGAGACAUGUUCAAAGACCGAUACCGAAUUGUCCACAAGCUGGGUUACGGGACAUAUUCCACGGUAUGGCUCGCACGUGAUGAGCAGCAAACAGCUUAUGUUGCGGUCAAGAUUGGCACUGGAGACGCCCCGUCUAACGAGGCGGACGUUCUAUGUGCCAUUACGGACACUUGUCAGACCGACUGCUCGGGACGGGCUAUGAUCCCAUUGAUACAUGACCGAUUCGAGAUCCAAAGCCCCAAUGGAUCCCACAGAUGUUACGUGACAUCUCCGGCCCAAAGCAGUGUGGCUGCAGCAAGCUUCCCUACUUUUUUCAAUAUUGACACAGCACGCGCACUGGCCAGCGAGCUGGUGUUGGCCAUUACAUACACACAUGCCCGAGGUUUUGUGCACGGAGUGCCCGUAGGGCUAGGAAAGAAAUCGAAUGAGAUCGCACUCGGCGAGGCUCAUCUACUCCUCAGUGACUUUGGCGAGGCUUUCUCCCCAUCCAAUCCUCAGCAGACGCGAACCGGAGACCAAUGCUGUUUGCCACUGCCCGUCUUACCGCCAGAGGCCUAUUUUGAGCCCGAUCGGCCGAUUUCGUUUCCCGCGGACAUCUGGGCUCUUGCGUGCGCUAUCUGGUCAAUCUUCAGCUCACGUCCACUGUUCGAUGCUACGCUCGCCACACACGAUGACACUUCCUCCCAGCAGGUAGACAUCCUCGGACAGUUACCACUUGAGUGGUGGAAGAAUACUGGGCGGCCGAAGAAGGGCCGUUUUGUUGUCCCGUCUCUUGAAGACUGCUUCGAGCGGGAGAUACAGGCAGCACGGCAAAAUAAUGGCAUGGGUCAAGUUGGCACGGAAGAAACGGUGGCUCUCCUAGAUAUGCUCCGCCGUAUGCUUGCAUUCAGACCAGAGGAGCGAGCCACUGCUACAACUAUCCUUGAUUCGAAAUGGAUGACAACUUGGGGGUUGCCGGCAUCUGAAAAGUCAGGGAGAGUUUGAUGUUAUUUUCCUGGUGAGUGGCAGAUAUCAUUAAAGUAUACUGGGCAUUACCCAUGAAAACACAAAAUCCGUCAUACUGUUCUUUGAUUGGGUGCAGAAGUGAUACUAUCCCGCCCACCAUGUCUGAACUCCACUUUACAAGCAAAGAUGUGUUUGUUAAAACAAAAAACAAAAAUAUAUGACAAGAGUGGGAUUCGAACCCACGCCACUUGCGUGACUAGGAAGUUCCGGAGAACUGUGAUGGUCAGGUAAACCUGAAC